UUCAUUCAAUACUAUUAAGUAAAACUAUAUAAGGAGUUUUCCAAUCGAUCAUUUAGUUCAUACAUCAACAAUCAUCUACAAUUUAUAAGCUACUAAUACAAUCUUUAAUCUAGCUCCUUGUCUACAAACCCAUUUCAUACAAGAAUUACAAUAAAAAUGUUGUCAAUUAUUAGUUUAUAUGUUGCAACAAUUUCAGCAAUAUGCUUCAUUUGCUUGGUAUUAAGAAGAAGAAAUUCAAGUGCCAAUCAAGUGAUUCUACCUCCAGGGUCUAAAGGUUUCCCUAUUAUAGGAGAGACCCUUCAACUGCUCCUCCCUAGUUACUCCCUAGACCUUCCUUCCUUUAUCACAACAAGAAUUCAAAGGUACGGGCCAAUUUUCCAAACCCGACUCAUAGGAAGGCCGGUGGUGAUGUCUGCUGAUCCAGAUUUCAAUCGUUACAUUGUGCAACAAGAAGGAAGGAUGGCUGAAAUGUGGUACCUAGACACAUUCUCUAAGCUCUUUGCACAAGAAGGGGAAGCUAGGACUAAUGCUACUGGUAUGGUGCACAAAUACCUUAGAAACCUCACUUUGAGCCAUUUUGGCUCCCAAAGCCUUAGGGAAAGUUUGCUCCCUCACCUCGAAAAUUUGGUUCGAAGUACUCUACUUGGAUGGUCAUCUAAGGAUUCAAUCGAUGUUAAACAUGCCGCUUUAAAUAUGACCAUAGAGUUUGUUGCAAAGCUACUUUUUGGGUAUGAUUGUAACAAGAGCAAGGAGAGAUUAGGGGAGAAAUUUUCUCAUAUUUCACAAGGCCUUCUCUCCUUUCCAUUAAACAUUCCGGGCACUACAUACUACAGCUGCUUAAAGAGCCAAAGGGAAGUGAUGAAUAUGAUGAGGACUACUCUUAAAGAGAGGCGGCGCGCUUCACCAGAGACAUUCCGAGGGGAUUUCCUUGAUCAUGCCUUGAAAGAUCUCAAUACAGAGAAGUUCUUGAGCGAAGAUUUUAUCCUACAGAUUAUGUUUGGGCUCCUCUUUGCUAGUUCUGAAUCAAGCUCAACGACAUUAGCUUUAGUUCUCAAGUUCUUGUCAGAAAAUCCUCAUGCUUUGCAAGAAUUAGAGGCUGAGCAUGAAAGAAUUCUUAAGAGCAGAGAAAGUCCUGAUACUCCCUUGACUUGGGAUGAAGUCAAAUCAAUGACUUUCACUCUUCAAGUGAUUAAUGAAUCCUUAAGACUUGGAAAUGUUUCUCUUGGACUACUUAGGAGAACAUUGAAAGAUAUCCAAAUAAAUGGAUAUACAAUUCCAGCAGGAUGGACUAUUAUGUUGGUCACUUCUGCAUGCCAAUAUAAUUCUGACGUAUACAAAGAUCCACUUACCUUCAAUCCAUGGCGCUGGAAGGAAAUGCAACCCGAUGUUAUAGCAAAAAAUUUUAUGCCAUUUGGGGGAGGAACAAGGCAAUGUGCUGGAGCUGAAUUUGCUAAGGUGUUAAUGACUAUUUUUCUUCACGUGCUCGUUACCAAAUACAGGUGGGAGAAAAUCAAGGGAGGAGAGAUCGUCCGAAAUCCAAUUUUAGGAUUCCGAAAUGCUCUUCACGUUAAGUUGGAUCAGAAGGAUUAAGCUGAAGAGAUCAAUGUUUUUUUUUGCUAUAUUAAUCAUACAAGAAAUGCACUUCCGUGCACAUUGUAUUGAAGAUUGAUAUAAUUGUGUUAUACUAUCAUUGUACUAUGUUAUCAUUUUCCAUGUAAAAGUUCAAAUUAAUGUUCCCUCUAUUUGAAAGUUUCAACAAAAUAUAAUUAGCCUUGCCAAAUAAAUAAACAUUUUUCAUCUAUUUCUAAAUUGUGAACAAAUUCUGCUCUCUUAUAUGUUGUUUGGUUUGAAAGAAUCCACAAACAUCAUAAGAUAGAUAAAAUCCAAAUUCGGAGGCUCUUAGCAUUGGAAUAUUGGAUGAAAUUAUCUGAAGAAAAA